GGAGAUAUAUGCGGAGGCUGGAUUCGAAUUAUGCCAGUUUUCAUCCAGCUCACCCAUCGUUGAAGCGGCGUUGGGACCACCUGGACAAGUCAAGAGUGUCGGAUGGGGUGUGGCUGAGCAGAAAAUCCUUUAAAUGCGCUGGCUGGUAGCCACGGACGACUUCAGAUUCAACGUGGAGUACCAAGUACCGUUCUAAGUAUAGAUCGAGUCCCUACAAAGAGGGAGUAUUUGAGCUUGCUUAUGUCAAUGUUCCAUCCAUUGGGGAUUCCUGUGCUGCCUGAUGAUUUUAGCGAAGCUGAUAUUGAAAGAGAUCUGGAGGCAGAAGAUCCAGUGGGACGAACCACUACCGGAGGAGAUAGGCAAAGCCUUUGCCGCCUGGCGCAGGGAGAUGGACGCUGUGGGUCAGUUCCGAUGCCCUCGUCACUAUUUUGGGCAUGGAGCAGUUCGGACCAUCAAGUUGCACGUGUUUGUGGAUGCAAGUCAAUCUGCAUUCGCGGCGGUGGCCUAUUGGAGGGUCACGUACGAGGCCGAUGAGAACGUGCACAGUGUGGAUAUCAGCGAGACGGUGUUGUGGACGAACUUAAAAACGGUGCUGAGAUGGAUCGGUAGGACCCACCGCCGGUACAAGCAGUUUGUUGGAAACCGAGUGGCGGAGACCACAGCCUGGGUCUUGAGGUUUGCGCGUUGGUGUCGCAAACAGAGAAGCGAGCUCGAGGAGUAUGGACUCACUGCAAUGGAGUGUGAGGCCGUGGAGACCCUGUUAGUCAGACAGGCCCAAUUGGAAUAUUUUCUCGACGAGAUAAGGUCGGCGGAAUGCGGAAAGGACGUCGCCAGCUCGAGUGAGAUUCGAGGUCUAGCGCGCUGUGCAUGCUUUACAGUGCGAGGAGGUCCGUUAUACUGUCACACAGGCACAGUCUUACGGAAUCGAUUGUGA